AUCACUAAGAAUGAAGCACAUUGUUUUCCUUUCUGUGUUGUCCUUCUACUUUCAUAUCCGUGGAUAUGAGUGUAUGGAUAUUAUUGGAGGAAAUGAGGUUGUUCCACACUCCAGACCGUAUAUGGCUUACAUCACAACGCCAGUUAAGGAUAAAAAGUCAUUAUCAUCAUGCGGAGGAGCUCUCAUUAAAGCAAAUUGGGUGCUAACUGCAGCACAUUGCGUUUUUGGGACUAAGACGAAGGUUACCCUCGGUGCCCACUCUCUGACAAAGGACACACAGCAGCAGCAGCAGAUAUAUGGGAUCAAACGGUUUAUUCAACACCCUUGUUUUGAUCAUAAAACAAAAGUUAAUGACAUUCAACUUGUACAGCUAGAAAAACCUGCAAAGCUGAACAAGAUUGUGGCACUUCUAUCUCUUCCAAAAAAUGAAGAAAACAUCAAGCCUGGAACAAUGUGCAGCACGGCCGGAUGGGGACUGACUAAACAGAAGACAAUGUCAGAUGUUCUUCGACAGGCUAAUCUGACAGUAGUAGACAGUGUAAAAUGCAGUAAAAUAUACAGUAAACAAAAAGGCAAGCCGCAAAUAACCAGCAGCAUGAUAUGUGCAGGGCCCCUUAAGAGACACAAUGAUGACACAUGCCAGGGUGAUUCUGGUGGUCCAUUGAUAUGUAACAACAGAUACACCGGUAUUGUCUCGUUUGGGCCCUUUAAUAAAUGUGGUGAUCCCAAAAUACCAGGAGUCUAUACACGGCUAACAAACAGCUAUCUCAAGUGGAUAAUCGAUACAACUGGUGGAGAUUCACACUGACGUCUAGUGUCAUGCUGUCACCAAUGCAUUAAACAGACCUCUGAACAAACAUAGUAGAGAGAAUAUAUGAAAUAUAUGAGAAUUAUUCAUCGGAAUAAAUGUACUAACAAGAGCAUAGAUUGUGCACAAUUAACUUCACUUUAUUUUUGUGACAUCAUGAAGCUGUAGGAAGUUAUCUUGUCAGAGAAAUCGCUACAUCGACUUUAUAUAGGCCCAUAGAGUGCUGACGCCUAGUGGGCUCUUGUAUACUUAAUUGUUGAUAGGCAAGCGCUAAUGACAAAGUUGUACUGUGUGUUGAGAAAAUGAACAAAGCAAG